AUGGUAAUGGAGGCGUCCCCGUCCCCGCAGAGCGUUGGCCGCGAGUUUGUCCGUCAGUACUACACGCUGCUCAACAAGGCGCCGGCCCAUCUGCAUAGGUUCUACAACAACUACUCGUCAUUCGUGCACGGGGGCCUGGACGCGCCCAACCGCGAGACGCUGCCCGUCGUCGGUCAAAAACAGAUUCACAACCGCAUCCAGCAGCUCAACUUCCGGGACUGCCAUGCCAAGAUUAGCCAGGUGGACGCGCAGGCGACGCUCGGCAACGGCGUGGUGGUGCAGGUGACGGGCGAGCUGUCCAACGGCGGCGCGCCCAUGCGCCGCUUCACGCAGACCUUCGUGCUGGCCGCGCAGUCGCCCAAGAAGUACUACGUGCACAACGACAUCUUCCGCUACCAGGACAUAGUAUUUUCGGACGAGGAGGGCGAGGGUUCCGGGCGCUCGGAGGGCGAGGAGGAGGAGGGCGUGGCGACGGGAGGGUACUUCCCGCCCGCGCCCACCUUCCCGCCAGCACCCUUCCCCGCGCCGCCCGCCCCGCCGCACGCACCGCUGCUGUCGCCGCCCGCCCAGGCCGCACCGCCCGCCCCUGCUGCGCAGCAGCCCGCCCCCGCCGCGCCCGUGCCCCACCUCAAUGGACACCCGCCCCAGCACGAUGACCACACACGCCAUCUCGUCGCUGCUCUGCAGGGUGACGCGGCCCCGGCGCCCGACCGCGAGGCCGACGUGGCGCCCGAGCCGGCGCCGCAGGCCGAGCCCGAGCGGGAGCCCUCGCCGCCGCCGCAGCCCUCGACCCCCGCACCACCGGAGCCGAAGACAUACGCCAACCUGCUGAAGUCGGGCGCGUCCCGCGGCUCGCCGCCGGCGCCCGCCCCCGCAGCCGCCCCCGCCCCCGCCCCGACCGCCGCGCCCGCCCACCACGAGCCCCGCGCGCGCCCCCCCGCGCCGGCCGAGGGCGGGCGGCGCUACUCGGACGCGCAGCAGCUGUUCCUCGGCAACCUGCCGCACUCGGCCACGGAGGACGAGCUGCGCGCGCUGUUCGCGCGCUUCGGGCCCGUCGCCGAGCUGCGCGUGCACAGCAAGCCGGCCGCGCCCGGCGCGCCGCGCCACCCCAACUACGGCUUCAUCACCUACGAGACCGCGCAGGCCGCCGCCGACUGCCUCAGCGCCGCCCCGCUGUUCUUCCCCGGCGAGGGCGAGGCCGGCGUGAAGCUCAACGUGGAGGAGAAGAAGACGCGCGGCCGCGAGGCGCCGCGCCGCCGCCCGCUGUCCUCGCACCGCGCCGCCUUCGCGCCGCGCCAGCCCUACCGCCGCUAG